AGCAGUUCUCGUGUGCCCAAGUCAUUAGAAAUCAGUAGGACAGUGAAAUCUUUGUCGAAGCUUUACCGUAAUCAGUUCGUCUCCGCAAUGAACAAAUUCAAGGCGAUGGAGAAGGCCAAUAAUCCUGAAGGUGCAAAACCUAAUUAUACAACCGGAAGCCGUGCAGGAGCUGGCACUGCGAAAGAGAUGAUGCUGAACUGGUGUAAGAUGCUAACCAAGGACUAUCCGAAUGUCAAUAUCACAAACUUUGGAAGCAGCUGGGCUGAUGGACUCGCAUUCUGCGCCCUUAUCCACCAUUUCUAUCCGGAUGCGUUUGACUUCUCCACGUUGUCUCCAGAGAACCGCAAACAAAAUUUCGAACUCGCAUUUGAUACUGCAGAAAAAAUGGGAAACAUCGCCCCGUUACUUGAGAUUUCCGACUUGAUGAGAAUGAAGGUUCCAGAUUGGAAGUGCAUUUUCACUCAAGUACAGCUCUACUAUCGCCGUUUUCAACUUGAAGAGGGAAAGAAUUGUCAUGUUCCUCCAAAAGGCUCUAUCCCCAAGACUGCUGCGGCAUCAAGUUGACAGACCCUUGUGCACAGCCCCCCUUUGCAGGUUCUACAUCCGCCUUUUUUCAGUUCACUUUGCUGUUUACUAACCUUAGUUUCUGUGCAAUAUGCGAGUCAAAGCAUCAAUUUGUCAUCAAUGGCCGGGGCUCCCAAUCCUCCAGUCUUUUCAUGUUUAUUUUCACAUGGGUCGAAAAUUACUCACACUAGUUCUGGUUUGCGGUUGUCAACGAAAUUCUCUGUACGGACUAUGAAUUCACUCGAAUCCUAAGAGCUUUAAACCUAUUGAUUAUUCUUCACAAUCCCGCCUUAUUUAUCUCCCAGUGAUUUUAGUAGCUGGUUACGCGUGUGUACACCGAUAAAAUGCACAACUAUG